GCUUGGCUCUCCCUUCUAGAUUCUGGAGCGUGAGCGCCUGGGUUUUGCGGAGGACUUGUAGCAUCGGUCCUAGGAUGCUAGGGUCAUUUCCUUCCGGGCGGGGGUCAAAUCCUCGGGAAGCUGAGCCAUCUCGUCCAGCCACCUGCCCCAAAAGGGGCUCAGGCCGUGGUCACCAGUCUAGGAGACUCCGGAGAACCAGCCACCGCGUCCCUCUCGGGUGCAGAAAGCCAGCUUUCCCCGGCGCACUGAGAAGAUUCCCGGCUAUCCACUCGGCUGACGCAUCUGAGGGCAGGAGCCGCGCCAGGAGUACCGGAUAGACCGUGGAGAGCACACUCGUCUGACUGCCUGUCCUCCCCAACCGGACCCAGACUCGGCGCCGCACACUCCCCCCGGGGAGGGGGAGGGGGCGGUGCAGUCACGCGCGCACCACUCUUGGGCUCACAAGCGCGCAAAGCUCUCGCUCUCCGCCCCGCACACCUGCGCUCCGCCCCCUAGUCCUGGGCUAGCAACUGGCGAAGGCGUUUGGGAACCUAGGGCGGCUGCGGCGGCGCCCCCCCCCCCCGACCCUGCAUCCCCAUCUCCUUCCCCUUCCCACAGUCGGAGUUGUCCGAAGCCUGUCGCCGCUCCCAACCAGCCCGCAUCCCUCUUCAUCCUUCCCUCCCCCCGCCUGCCGCGGCACCGGUAUCUGCAGCCGCAGCCCGGAGCCGGUGAGGCGGCGAAGGGGGGAGGGGGAGGAAGCAAGGGAUGAGCACCGGGAGGGCGUUGGGGGCCCUGAGCCGAACUAGGACGCCCCUGGAACAGGAACCUGAGCUGGAGCCGGAACCAGAACCAAACCACCGUGUCCUUGGGAGGGACGGAAGCGCAGGACAAGCUGGAAAGGGGAACGCUCUGGGCGUCGGGGAAGCAGGAUCAGGGUUGUGGAAGAGGGCUUGCGCAGCCGCCAUCUGGCACCCCUGCCCCGGACCAGCACCCGUGACACGGACAGCUCCUUGGUUGGCUGAGGACGAUGACAUGAAUGAGGACACCGUAGAGAGAAUUGUUCGCUGCAUCAUCCAAAAUGAAGCCAAUGCUGAGGCCUUGAAGGAGAUGCUGGGGGACAGUGAAGGAGAAGGGACAGUGCAGCUGUCCAGCAUGGAUGCUACCUCUAGCCUGCAGGACGGAGCCCCUUCCCAUCAUCACACAGUGCAUCUGGGGUCUGCUGCCCCUUGCAUCCACUGUAGCCGCAACAAGAGGCCCCCACUUGUCCGUCAGGGACGCUCCAAGGAAGGAAAGAGCCGCCCCCGGCCUGGGGAGACUACUGUGUUCUCUGUGGGCAGGUUCCGGGUGACACACAUAGAGAAGCGCUAUGGACUACAUGAGCAUCGUGAUGGCUCUCCCACAGACAGGAGCUGGGGGUCUGGUGGAGGGCAGGACAUAGGGGGUAGUCAGGGGUCUGGGGGAGGACAGCCCAGGGCAGGGACACCAGCCAUUGAGAGCCUGCCCCCUGAGAGGCCACAGCCCCUGGCCCAUGCCAGUCCCCCAGUGCAGAAUGGAGGACUCAGAGACAGUAGCUUAGUCCCUUGUACACUUGAGGGCAACCCUAGAGCCUCUGCAGAGCCAAUGCUAGGGACUGGAGGGAAGGGCCCAAGCCCAGGACUGGCCAGUCGAGAGGCAGUUGGACAGCCAAGCAAACUGGACACCACAGAUCACCAGGUGUCCCCACCAAGAGGCGCAGGGGGUGUGUGAGCCUCCUUCUUCAUUGUGCUGAUGGACUACCAGCUGGCAGGGCCAGGGGUGGGUGGGCAUGAAGAAGGCCCUCCUCUCCACUGGACAGCACUGCCCCCAGCUGAGGAACCAGCUCUACUUCCACCUGGAGUUGCAUGGUCUCAGGCUGGGGGACCCCCAUCCCUCAGUCUCUUUCACUUCCCCUGCCUGCCAACAGGCUGCCUGACCCCUUCCCCAUCACCUCGCUCCAUUUGCUAGAGCGUGGCAGCUGGGAGCAGGCUCCUGCCCUUGGUGGGCCCCUAAAGCAAUAGCACCAUAGGCCCCCUGCCCUCUUGGCACAAGAGGCCCAGGCCCUGGCUUGGGCUUAGUGCCCUUUAUUCACUGUCAAUAAAUCCGCUCAGACCAUUACA